AUGCAGAACGGGCCAUUGACGCAGAUCUACACCCGUGUGUCCCGGAAAACUCCCGAUCGACGGAGCGACAACGGAAGCGACAAGAAAGAAUUCCGUGAAGGGAGCGCGAACUCAGGCAAAUACUACGAAAGUUUUUCGAGGACUAGGAUCUCCUUCGGUGAACUGAACGAGAUUUUCGCUCUGUCAGUGACGGCCCAUGGUUUCGCUCGGAUCGCUCUAACCAAGAAACACAGACUGCGUCAAAUUUUUUGGACGCUGUUCGUCAUAGCCGCAAUGUGCGGCUUCCUUUACCACAUCAGUUUCCUCUUGUCGAAUUAUUUCGAUUACCCGGUUUCGACUUCGACCGAAGAGAUUCAUGCGACCGAAUUGGACUUCCCGACGGUGACAAUCUGUAACUUGAAUAACGUCAAGAAGACGAAAUUCGAAGCCUACCUUAUGCGCAUGGCCAAAGAACAGGACGACGUCGCUAAACAAACGACUGAGCUCCCGGACUUCCUCGCGACCACUGCGGCGUCAAGUGUCAAGGGAUCCGACGAUCUCCAGUGUUUCAGGACCACGGACGAAAUCGUGAAUCGAAGUCGCACGAUGGACCUCAGCGACAUGUGGAUCAACUUGGUGACCACGAAAAGACAAAUCAGGGAGUUCGGACACCAGGCCGCCGACAUGAUCGUCCAGUGCACAUACAACUCGAAGGAUUGCUUCAACACAAGCUCGUCUAUCGUCUCGAGCCAGGCGUACAGCUCGCCUCGCUAUGGGCUUUGUCAUUCACUGACGCUGAAAGACGCCGAUCGUCUUAUUCAGAAAAGCGGAGCGGGUUUGGGGCUGCAGUUUACGAUAAACAUUGAGCGACCUGAAUAUCUCGAUAUUGUGUCCGGCGAAUUCGGCGCGCGGAUUCUCGUCCACGCCGUGGGAAGUCGACCUAGCCUCGAUACGGGCGGGAUAAUCCUACAGCCAGGCACCAAGACCUACAUUGCGGCUAAAAUGAGACAAAUUGUGAGGCUGCCCGAUCCGUUCAGGGGCUGCACGAUGAAUUUCUCGGACAGUCCUCUCACGGAGCAUCUCAAAAAGCUGAAACUCGACCAUCUGAUUGGCUCUAAAAUGCUGUACACCCUCGAGUACUGCCAGACCGUGUGUACCGAAGCUUAUCUCUAUCGAGCGUGUAAUUGUCUGGACGAGCUCGCGGUGGAAAGACCACACGAAAAAUUCUCGUCAUGCGACCCCUGUAACGCUGACCAAUCCCGAUGCAGACGGGCUUUCUACCGCGGAUUCACUGGUUCCCAGGGCGGUAAAAUCUGCAGCUUGCUGUGUCGCGCAGAAUGCAACGAGAUCCGGUAUGACAUCACGACAUCGCAGUCGGAGUGGCCUAAUCUCCGUCAAGAGUAUCUUGCCGUCACCCGGUUCCCGGAAGUCAACAAACGACUCGAACAAAGCGGUAUCAACUGGACGCUGGUGCCGGAAUCCACCGAUGAGCAGCUGGCGAUUAUGCCCGGUGUGGACGAAUUCCGACGUAACUAUCUGAGGGUACACGUCUAUAUGCAAGAGAUGAACUAUAUGAGGGUCAAGGACGAGAGUUCCUAUUUGAUGAGUCAACUGAUUGCGGAUCUCGGUGGGUGCCUCGGACUCUACAUCGGGGUCUCUGUCAUCUCUUUGAUGGAGUUCACCGAGCACUUCAUGCGCUGCUCGUCCUACGGAUGCAAGCGUCAAAUGAUUCCUUUAGCGAAGAAGAUCACAAAACGAUUCGCCCCGAAAAUUCUCAGACGUGGAACGACGAGGCGGACGGUCGCCCCUCUCGGUGACCCGUCCUCUAGAUUCAGGGAAACGCCGCGGCCGCCUCCUCCGCCGAUCGAUUCGGAUGAAGGAGUUCUCUCAAAGCUGAGCCGUCGCCGUCCGCACUACUUCCGGAGAGACAGAAAUGAGUCGGUUAUUCCGCAAACCCCGAAUCAAAUUAUGGACCCGAGAGAGUGGAUGAGACGCGACAAUUACCAGCAAAUUGUCCAAGCUCGACAGAGACUGCAAAAUCUCGCCCAGCGGGACAUACAAGCCGUCCACGAGGGCGAAGAGUUCUCUCUCGCCGUCGGAUUCGAGUCUGAAGACGACAUGCUCAGGACUAACCGCCGGAGGAGAAUUAUUCGAGUGAAAAUCGAAUACAGAGAUCUGAACCGCUUCGAAUUCUCGAAAGUCGAAGCCGCGAGGGGUCAACAGUGA